UGACUUGUGAGUCAGUCCGGUGGUUUAGAUUUGUGUGCAUGACAAUUUUAUUCUGAAGGCGUGUUGCCGGAUCUUGUUGCUGCUGCUCACAGGCUGGAGGCUGCUCACUGUCAGCUGACCAGAAACCAAGAGAAGUUCGCCGUGAAAUGGAUUUCUGUGUCAGUGAAACACUCGUAGGACGGACAGAAGCGGCGCCCGGUGAAAGUCCGACAGUGAGCUUCACAGGACCUGGACAACAGGACUGAUCUCUACCAGCUACAACUCAGAGAUCUCUGCGGACAAUGGCUCCACAGAAAACACAAGUAAACCUUUCUCUUCAAUACUUCCUGUCUUGUUAAUCUGCAGCCUCAGACUUCCCUUUUCCCCCAUCAUCUUCACUUUCCUAUAUUCUGCUGGUAAAAUGGACGACACGGAGCCAGUGCAGCCCAGCCUCAACUCCACCUAUAUUCCCAGUGCUGUCGGCAACCACCAAGUAUCGGAGGAUGAGGAGAGCGAGGACCAGGGCCCGUCGGCGUCACUCCUGCCCAAACAUUCAUCAGUGCCUCUGGCAGUGCGCUACAGUCCAAAGGACUCUUACAAUUUGGUGUACAUCAUUUUCUUUCUGAUGGGCAUCGGCUCCCUGCUGCCCUGGAACUUCUUCAUAACAGCCAAACACUACUGGCUGUACAAACUGAGUAACAGCACCGACCACAGUGGCAAGGAGGAGCAACAUUCAGACCUCAGUGACUACUUUGAAAGUUAUCUGUCCAUCUCCUCCACGGUGCCCUCUGUGCUGAGUCUGGUACUCAACUAUCUCCUCGUUAACAGGUUGUCUCCAAACGUGAGGAUCCUGUCAUCUCUUCUUGUCAUCCUGCUGGUGUUCGUGCUGACCACGGUGCUGGUGAAGGUGGACGUGUCCAACGGCCAGAUGGAGUUCUUUAUCGGCACGCUGUUGAGUGUGGCCGUCGUCAGCGGAGCCUCCAACCUCUUCUCUGGCAGCGUGUUCGGCAUCAGCGGGCAUUUCCCUAUGAGGAUUUCUCAGGCACUUAUAUCAGGUCAGGCCAUGGGAGGCACACUGAGCGCAGUGGCAUCGAUAGUGGACCUGGCAGCGGCGAAUGAUGUGACAGACAGCGCUCUGGCCUACUUCCUGACAGCCGACGUCUUCAUCCUGCUCUGCAUUGUCGCAUAUCUGCUGCUGCCCAAGCUGGCGUAUUCAAGACACUACAUGCUAGCAGCAACAUGCGGAAGUCCAGGAGUGAUAAGUGAGGGAGGAGCAGCAGAAGGCGCAGAGAAAAGCGUCUCCGUCCCUCCGCUGAAGCCUAUCCUCAGGAAGACGUGGGUGCUCGGCCUGAGCGUCUUCUACGUCUUCUGCAUCUCUAUCAUGGUGUUCCCUGCAGUGUCCUCGGGGAUCCAGUCUGUCCACAAAGACAGCAGCAGCCCCUGGACCACCACUUACUUUGUGCCCCUCACCAGUUUCCUCCUGUACAACGUGGCAGACUUCUGCGGCAGGCAGGCCACUGCCUGGCUGCAGGUCCCCGGUCCCACCAGCCGAGUCCUGCCUGUGCUGGUGUUGUGUCGCUCUGUCAUGUUGCCGCUUUUCAUGUUCUGUAACUACCAGCCGAGGGACCACCUCCACACUGUGCUUUUCACCCAUGACGUGUUCCCUGUGGUCUUUAACUGCCUGCUCGGCCUCUCUAAUGGCUACCUAGGCACGCUGCCAAUGAUCUACGGGCCUAAGGUGGUACCUCGCGAGCUGGCAGAGCCCACAGGAGUGGUCAUGUCCUUCUUCCUCACUCUGGGACUGGCUGUUGGAUCAGCUUUCUCAGUGCUUAUUGUGCACGUCAUCUGAGCAGCCAAUGAUUUACAAUGGUUUAUUUGAGCUAUGCAGCAGACAGUAGCUGGACAGUGAUAAAAUGUAAUGAAAAGUGCAAAGGUACAACAAGUUCUCUGCCAUGAGGGAAAGGUGCUGUUCGUUUCCACAAGCCUUAAUUCCUUCAUACCUCACAUUAAUGGUUUAUGUUUACAAAGAGCUGCAACUAUUCAUCAGUCCCUAACCAUUUUAAUAAUUGAUCAAGCAGUAAUGCCAAAGAUUUACUGGUUCCAUCCUCAAAUGCAAAAGAAGCAAUCUGGAGACCUAACUUUGGAUUUUUUUUCAGGAUUUGACGUUUUAUAAUCAGAAUGAUGAAUCAAUUCAUCCUGAAAACGAUCUGCAGUAAUAACUGAUAAUGAAAGUAACCCUAGUUUACACUGACAUAGCUCUUGAUGCAAAACUCAGGGCAGUGUACACUGUGACUCUUGGUGUCUGCAUAUCAGGGAGUUGCUCUCAAAGCAUUAGCAAUCGGUACAGUCCAUAAAGGAUACUUGAAUUAACACCAAAGCUUUUAUUUUAUAAAGCUAAUUUUUUUUUACAUUACAUAAAUUCAGCAUAUAACUACUGAUUUAACAUUUGUGGUAUGUAAGUCUGUUAAGGGGUGUUUGUCAUUUCAGUUAAAACUCAAACACAGCUGGAAAAUGCGGCUAAUAAAUUGUAAAUAAACACACGGCUGACUUGUGUCAGUUGUUUGUAAACCUUGUGAGUUUGAUCAGACUUAAUAAACUGAACAUUGAUGUUAAUCAACUCUGA